UUUGGGCUCCGAGGGGGGAUAUAGAGCUUAAAUGAUCUAUAGCACACGACCAACCCCCGAAAAAAAAGAGGUAAUGGAUAUCUAGAUGUUGUCUAUUCAGUAAUCUAUCGUAGGAAGACGUUUCCAUACGACCUCCUUUCCUUGACCUGAAAACGGCAGAUCCGAGAAUGCCUACUCGGCCCUUCGAAGAUGCGUCUCAUACUCACUUUCCUAGCCCUGCUCACGGCUACCACAGCAAGCGCCCUACCGAACCAACCCCAAACUCCUUCCUCCACCACCACCACCACCUCCUCCCUCAAAGACCCCGGUGAGAAGCGGGACGAGCCCAAGAAGCCGGCGCAGCAGAAGAAGUACUUCCACGAAGCCGGGGCGACGAUGGAGCUGGGGCACUACGACGCGCGGUACUUCCGGACGGUGGUGCCGUACGCGGAGCACCGGCCGGCGCUGCGGCACCUGGUGCGGUCGUGGCUUUCGACGAGCGGCGAGCUCGGCGUCGAGACCUGGCUCGCGCACGGCACGCUGCUGGGGUGGUGGUGGGGCGGGCGUGUGAUGCCCUGGGACUACGACCUCGACGUGCAGAUGCCGACCGCCACGCUGGCGUACCUGGGCCGGUAUUUCAACCGGACCCUGCACGAUUAUGCCUUUGAUGCUAGGAAGGAAGCUGGAGGUGGUGGUGGGGGGUGGGUUAAUAAGACGUAUUUACUCGACGUGAACCCGCAUGCCACGGAUAUUGAUAGGGGGAAUGGCGCGAAUGUUAUCGAUGCAAGGUGGAUCGAUACGAGUAAUGGGCUGUACAUCGAUAUCACGGGGCUGGCGGAGCGGGAUCCGGCGGGGGCUCCGGGGAUCUGGAGUUGUAAGAAUUCGCAUAAAUACCGUAUUGCAGAGUUGUAUCCUGUGCGUAGGACGGAGUUCGAGGGCGUGCCGGCGCGGGUGCCGUUUGCGUUUGAUAAGAUACUGACGGAUGAGUACGGAGGGAAGUCUUUGACGAAUACGGAGUGGUCUGGGUAAGUAAAGUUAUCCCCCGAUUACCCCUGAGCCCCUGAGCCCCUG